AUGAACAAAAAAGAUGUGUGCAUAUCAGCCCAAUGUUGUUGCAAAUUGAUAAUGAAAUGUCCUGAAAAACCGGCCCCGGUGGCAGCUGUGAAACCACGCAAUGGCGAAAGUGCGAAAAACCCCGAAAUGAGUCUAUGUGAGUUCUUAAAAUCGCAGCAAGUUUCGGACUGGAUAAAAUCCCUGCAGGACAAUCGGGCGGGGGCGAAAAAUCCAAAAGACAGGCCGCGUGGCCCGGUAAGGCUGGUUGGGGCACCAGCUCCAGUAAGUCGUAUUUGUGAACAGCCGCCACCCGCCGACCAAGGAGCCAAACAACCUCAGAACCAUCACCAGGAUAUUAAGCAGAAACCGGUCCAACCCGGUGUCCAAGAAGAUCGUAAUAUGUCGCAGAUCAUCAUCAACAUCGGGACAAUAAUAACUAAUGGAGUCUGCAAGCGCGACUCAUGUCAGCAAACUGAUUCGGAAGUCCAGAUCUCCGUCAGUCCGCCGGCCGAAAAACCAAGCACUGCCUGUCCACCGAUUGAACGUCCGACGCCCAUAUGUCCACUGGCCAAAAAACCGACCACUACCUGUCCACCGAUUGAACGUCCGACGUCCACAUGUCCACCGGCCAAAAAACCGACCACUGCCUGUCCACCGAUUGAACGUCCGACGUCCAUAUGUCCACCAGCUGAAAAACCGACCACUGUCUGUCCACCGAUUGAACGUCCGACGUCCAUAUGUCCACCGGCCGAAAAACCGACCACUGCUUGUCCACCGAUUGAACGUCCGACGUCCAUAUGUCCAAUGGCUGAAAAACCGACGUCCAUAUGUCCACCGGCUGAAAAACGGACUUCUGUCUGUUCACCUGCUGAACGUCCAACUGCUGUCAUUCUCCCUAAAGUCCAUUCACCAGCGGUUGUAUCUAUUCCGGUGUCAAGGGACCGUUCCUGUCGAAACAAGGGCAACACACCGUCUGUUAUGCCGAGUACAGAGCCGAAAUCCUGUCCCGAGCCCAAAAUUACGUUUAAGAUGAACUGUUGUUGUACCUGUCACUCGGACUAG